UCCAAGAUAAUAGAGCACAAUAGUAUCAAUGAGCAGUUUAGAGAGCGAUCAAAAUGCUUACUUUGUUGUAACAACCAUAUAAAUUAUAAAUCGAAGCAAGUACCCACACGAUUUUCUCAAUCAAGAUAUUGUCCGCUUUAGGGUCAUACCCACACAGUUUUUGACUUGGGGGUGAAUAUCAAAGUGACUUGUCAUAAGGUCGUCCAUACUUAUAAUGUAUUAUACUGAGUACAUUUAAUUUUGAAGUUCUCACAAGAACUCAUUCAUUUUAAUCCAAAACCCGACUUGUAAGUUAAGAUUGGUUUCGUACCUAUAGACCAUUGCGCACGUUUAACUUCGUUUUUUUUUUGGUGUGAGGGUUUAACUUCGCUUUCUUCCAACGGCACUAUACUAAUACCAACAAGAUAAACUAAAGCCCACCCUUUAGCCCAGAGUGAAAAGCUUCAGUAAUAGAAAGGCCCAUGAUCCAUCUGGAAUCUAAACUUUAAGAGGCCCAAAGCAGGGAUCCAGUGUAAUCACCGGAGUCGGACGGCAAAUCAGACAGAAUCCCCAUUCCCAUACUUCUCCCCACAUCGCCCCGCCGAUUCUCUGAGAGAUCGGGUAAUCCAGACGUUUACCCGGCGAUCUUCGAUUCUUCGCAGCGAGAAACUGGCCAGUAUGGGCUGGGAGUCUAGGGAUUCCUCUUGAUUUCCCUUCCCGGCGUCUACCGUCUUCUUCAAACCACGGAACUUCGUCUCCCUGCAUUUCUAGGGUUUAACUUCUGAAGAAAGUUUGAAGUUAGCUCUCAAUCAUGGAAUUUUGGACUGGAGAUCCAACUGCCGGAGCAGAUGCUAUUCAACUUUCAGUUGAUGAUGCAGCUGAUGAGAUUGUACAGACUUCUAGACAGCAGAGAUUAGCUUUUCCGGGGGAUCCCAAAUGCGUGAUAUGUGGCCGCUACGGAGAGUACAUCUGCGAUCAAACGGACGACGACAUAUGUAGCUUGGAGUGCAAGCAAACUCUCCUAGACAGAAUCGCCAAGGCCCAAAGCUCGGCUGCAAUCAAGAAGGUACCUGGAAAGGAUGAGUGCUUUUAUGUUUCUGAUGGUAGAUCAGAAUCUAUGUCUUUAACUGCUGAUCAAACUGAACUGCUGAGGAAGAAACUCGGCAUCCAUGUUAAGGGCAAUUCAGUUCCACCUCCCGUGUUGUCGUUCUCUUGCUGCAAUCUUCAUUCGAAGCUCUUGAACAAUGUAGAAUCUGCAGGGUUCGAUUUGCCUACACCGGUCCAGAUGCAGGCGAUUCCAGUUGCUUUGAAUGGAAGGAGCGUGCUUGCUUCUGCUGACACUGGUUCAGGGAAAACUGCUUCCUUUCUGAUUCCCGUCAUCUCCCAUUGUGCAGCGUUUCGCCUUGCCCAAAAUGCUAAUAACAGUACGAAGAGGCCAUUGGCGAUCGUUCUAACACCAACCAGGGAGCUCUGCAUACAAGUGGAGGAUCAAGCCAAGUUGCUUGGCAAAGGUUUGCCAUUCAAGACUGCUCUUGUUGUUGGUGGUGAUCCCAUGGCCGGACAGAUCCACCGCCUUCAUCAAGGUGUCGAGUUGAUCGUGGCUACUCCAGGGAGACUGAUUGAUCUCCUCGCAAAGCAUGAUAUGGAGUUAGAUGAUGUCACGAUGUUUGUGGUUGAUGAAGUCGACUGCAUGCUCCAAAGGGGGUUUCGAGACCAGGUCAUGCAGAUUUUCCUCAGUCUGGCUCAACCCCAGGUUUUGAUGUACUCAGCUACAAUCUCUGAUUCCGUCGAGAAGUUGGCUAGCUCAAUGGCUAAAGACAUUGUUUUGAUCUCCAUUGGCCAGCCCAACAAGCCUAGUAUGGCAGUGAAACAGGUGGCCAUCUGGGUCGAUACCAAGCAGAAGAAGCAGAAGCUUUUUGACGUUCUAUCAAGCAAGCAGCAUUUCGACCCACCAGCCGUGGUCUACGUGGGGUCCAGAAUAGGAGCAGAUCUACUUUCCAAUGCGAUUUCAGUGAGUACCGGGUUGAAGGCACUGUUGAUCCACGGUGAGAAGUCGAUGAAGGAGAGGAGGGAAGCGAUGAGGCAAUUCUUGAUGGGAGAAGCUCCUGUGAUCGUGUCCACUGGCGUUCUGGGUCGAGGAAUUGAUCUGUUGGGUGUUAGGCAGGUUAUAGUGUUUGACAUGCCGAAUUCCAUCAAGGAAUAUGUUCAUAUGAUCGGCAGGGCUUCCCGGAUGGGGGUGGAAGGCAAAGCGAUCGCGUUCAUCAACGAAGAGAGCAAGGCAUUGUUCCCAGAGUUCGUCGAGGUGCUCAAGUCUUCCGGAGCUGCAGUACCUCGUGAGCUUGCUAAUUCCCGGUAUAGUUCGAAAUCAUUGCCUUCUAGCAAGAGCUGGAAGAAAAGGAAGCUUGGCUAGUAAAGUCUUGCUGGCGGAUUCAAGCCUGGCCGCUAUUUGCACCCAAGCAAGCAGCCUUUAUUAUUGUUUUCGUUAUUAAAUUGAAUGUAUAUAUAAUUCCUUGGUAAGAUCCGGUGCUUGGUGCUUAAUCCCAAUCUCUUAGAAGACAAAUGGAGGAGGGGAUAAGGGGAUAUACUAUAUUGUUAAAAGUACAAAUUCAAGUUAUAGAAUAAAAAUUUAAAGUAAAAACUAAACCACCAAAUCUUUAAAGCAUUGUAAAAUUCCUUUUAAAAGAAUGCAAUUGACAAAUCACUACUUCGAUUAUGGUGGUUUCCAUACAUAUUGCAUUAAAAAAGCCGAAAUACCAUAAUUUAAAAAUAUUUCUCAAUCUAUUAUACAAAUAAAUGAAUUGGGGUGUACACAUUCCAAUUGUAUUUGUCCCAAAGAAAAAUACCAAUUGAAGCAUGUGCACCCCAAUUAUGUUUAAAAUGGUCCUAAAAUCGAAUUUAGGAAGAGGGACUCUCGCCCUAAUUAGGUUUUUCCUCGCCAUGAACACCUUUAAAUCCACCACAAUCAUGAUCUCCUUCUUCCUCCACCACUCCCACUGAACACUCGUCGGUAACUCAAAUUAAUCGCUAGAAAAUUCCCUUCCUCUAGGGAGUAAAGAAGAUGCAUAAUGGCCUAGCAAAGGUAGAAAAUCAGCAACAUAGUUUGCUUCGCGAUACACAUGCUUGAUCCUAACAAGCCGAGGUUGAGCAAGCCAUCGGUGAAUCUCUACCCCACAUGCAUAGUGCGGGUGGUGAGUCUUAGGAGUCUCUAUCAGGGUCUUAGCUAUGAUCAAGUCUAUCUGUAGAACAACUUUUCUAGCCCCUUCUUCCCAUGCGAGCUUCAACCCAUGCACAAUACUUGUUGGCUUUGCACGAGUAAUCAACCCCCGUCCUAUGUUUGCUGAAAAAGUUUUGAUACAACGACUAUCAUCUCCCGACUCCCCGCAUGAUGCUUUCACAAGUAGGUGCACCCCAGAAUUGUGUUUCUCCUUCUCCAAGGAUGAAUAUAUAUUGUUCCUUGGUUGUGCGGUGAUUAACUAAAUUUGUGCAUAGGGUAUAGCUCGCCUCGGAAUAAGUGGUUAUUUUGGUUCUCCGCAUAAUCCAACACGUUCCUGCAAACAAAAGUGUUGUCAAUAGUAUUACCGCGCCCUAAAAGUUUUUACAAAGACCAGUGAUGUAAGUCUCGCUUAAAGAAAGCGUUGUCCGACUCAUUAUCACGGAAUCCUCCCACAUUGAUCUGCCAAAUGAGAAAUCCAACUCCACAUAUCUUGCAGCUGGUGGUGUUCGUCGUCAGAUGUCUUUUGCACCUCUCUGCAUUGGUGAGAAAACUGUCGUGGUUUAGUAUCCAUAAGAAGGCGAGGACACAAUGUACGGUUGGCUCCAAAACUGAAUUACUCUCCCAUUUCGUAAGUUCCAUAUUGUGGUGUUGUCUAGUAGGAAGAGGUGCCGAUUCUCAAUCCAAUACAUCCACUUAAAAAUCCAAUUAAUCCAAUUCAUUUGAUCUAAAUGAAAAAUUAUGAUUUUU